UUACACAGCACGAGAGAGAGGGAGCGGGAGAGAGAAGAAAUCAAGGAAGCAGUGAGAGGAGACGCGAGACAGCUUUGGUACCGUGGGUGCGACGGCUGUCUACUGUCCCCGCCCACCGUCUCAUCCACCGUUGUCGCCAAAACUCGCCGCGCACUUGCGUGCACAAAAAAAACUUCGUUCCGCGCUGCUGCUGCCGCUGUGCGCACACCUCACAUCCGCGUUAGCGGCGGAGAGAGAGAGAGCGAGCCAGAGACAGGCUUUCCCUUACAGUUUGGCGUGGAGGGAGUAAUAGACUUGAGUGAGCGGCCACAAUGUCGAUGAGGUUGCGUGAGCUGAUCCGGGCCGUGCGGGCGUGCAAGACCGCGGCCGAGGAGCGAGGCGUCGUUGCGCAGGAAUGUGCCCGAAUCCGGACGGCGUUUAAGGAGGAAGACACCGAGUUCCGCAACCGGAAUGUCGCCAAGCUACUCUUCAUCCACAUGCUUGGCUACCCGUCGCACUUCGGGCAGAUGGAGUGCAUCAAGCUCAUCACGUCCCCCAACUACAUGGACAAGCGGAUCGGGUACCUUGGCCUUACCCUGCUGCUGACGGACCAGGAGGAAGUCUUGAUGCUCGUGACGAACUCCCUCAAGGUUGACAUGCACAGCAGCAACAUGUUCGUGGCUGGCCUAAGUCUCACCACCAUCGGCAACCUGGCGACCCCGGACAUAGCCCGCGAUUUGAUGAUGGAGGUGGAGAAGCACCUCAGGGGGGGAAGGCCAUACCUCGUGAAGAAGGCCGCCCUUUGCUGCAUCCGCAUCCUGAGGCACCUCCCGGAGCACGUGGAAGACUUCAUGGAGCGGAUCAUGGAGGUUCUUAAGGACAGGCAUCACGGUGUGCUGGUCGCCGGCGUGCAGCUAGUCACGGCCGUGGUGGAGUCGGACCCGAAGGAGUACGCCCCGGCGUUUGCGUCGGUGGCUCCUUCGCUGGUAAAGAUGCUCAGGAACCUUCUCUCGGUGGGAUACGCUCCGGAGCACGACGUGGCGGGUGUUUCGGACCCCUUUUUGCAGGUGCAUAUCCUGCGACUCCUGAGGCUGCUGGGGCAGCAUGCGGAGGGGGUUACGGACACCAUGUCAGACGCUCUCGCUCAGGUGGCGAGCAACACGGAAACUGCCAAGAACGCCGGCAACGCCAUCCUGUACGAGUGCGUGCAGACGAUCAUGACGCUCGACACCGAGAACGGCCUCAAGGUGCUGGCGGUCAAUAUCUUGGGACGGUUCCUCCUGAACCGCGAUAACAACAUCCGGUACGUGGCGCUAAAGACCCUGGGCAAGGUGGUGCAGCUGGACCCGGCCUCUGUGCAGCGGCACCGGUCCACCAUCGUGGACUGCCUCAAGGACCCGGACAUCUCCAUUCGACAGCGAGCAUUGGAGCUGAUCCAUCAGCUCGUCAACGAGAGCACGGUGGUUAGCCUCACCCGGGAGAUGCUCAACUAUCUCGUGGUGGCGAUGCCGGAACACAAGGCGCAGCUAUGCGACAAGAUCACCGCUGCGGCAGAGAGGUACGCACCGGACCGUCGGUGGAGAAUAGAGACGCUCAUCACCAUGCUGAGCAUUGCCGGCAGCCACUGCAACGAGCGCAUCACGUCCGGCACCAUAAUGUACAUCGGGCAGUGCAAGGAGUUCCACGGACAGGCGGUGCACAAGCUCGCCGCCGCGCUGCAGGAGGAUAUGGUGGCGGCUCCCUCCGGCCUCAUGAAGGUCGCUGUCUGGUGCAUCGGCGAGUUUGCAGACUUGCUAGCGAGUCCACAAGACGCUUUUCCUGCUGUUGAAGGUGGUUCCGCGAUGUGCCCCGCUCAGGAUGCGAUGCCUCACGAAGAGAUCAUCGACCUCCUGGAGGACCUUUUGAAUCACCACAGCGCCACCGCGUCAUCACGAAGCAGCGCCCUGACUGCCCUCGCCAAGGCCUCCUACAGGCUUGGGGAAGGGCUCGGGGAGGAUGGGAAGGCCAGGGUGGAGGAGAUGCUCGAGGGGUACCGAUCGUCCAUCACCCUGGAGCUCCAACAGAGAUCCUGCGAGUACCUGAACCUGCUCUCGCCACAGUGGGACGUGGUGAAAAAGGAGGCCCUGGACCGCAUGCCCGUCAUGGACGAGGAGGCUUUCCGGGAGAGACGCGCCCGCUACACGAUGGGCGCCGGCAUGGGCGCCUUCGACGACGCUCCAGGAGCGGGAGACCGGUCUCCCAAGCCGCAGGGGUCCGCCUCUUCCUCAGCCCCCGCCGCCGGCCCCUCGCCCUCCAAGAACGGUCUGCCCAUCCCUAGCAGCAGCAGCAACGGCGGAGGUGACCUUCUAGAUUUGGAGGAUAUUUUCGGCGGCGGCGGUGCGAGUGCGCCCGCCGCCGUCGCCGCCGUCGUGCCACCGGCAGUGGCGGUGGCGGCACCGGGAGCGGGGAACGGGGCGGCGGCGGCGGGUGGCGUAGAUUUGUUGGCGGAUGUGUUCGGGGGAGGGGGGGGCUUGGUGCCGAGUAAGGCGGCGCCGGCGAAUGCGACGGCGGCGCAGGCGCCGGUAGCUGCGGCGCCGGCGACGGCAGCGGCGGUCGGCGGAGACAGCGAUGAUUUCGGAGGGUUCGAGGUUGCGCCGCCUCGAGUGGAGAAGAUGGUGGCGUUCGAUAAGAGCGGGUUGAGAAUAGUGUUUUCGCCGUCGAAGCCGGACGCGUCGGAUCCUUCGAAGAGCAAGGUCUCGAUCGCCUUCAGCAACACCUCGGACGAGGAAAUUUCCGGCCUGGUGUUCCAGGCUGCGGUACCCAAGUCGUUUACGAUGAAAAUGGGAGCUCUGUCGGGCCACAAUCUGCCCCCCCACAGCGAUGGCGUGGUGUCUCAGGAAAUCAGCGUGACAAACGCGAUGCAAGGGACGAAGAGCUUGAUGAUGAAGCUCAAGAUUCAGUUCCGACGCGGGACUGUCAACGUGGCGGAGGUGGCGCAGGUGGCUCAGUUCCCUGCCGGCUUCUGACGGGAAGGAAUGCCACGGUCGUGAAGGCAGGGUAGCCGGCGGAAGACGAUGCGACCCCCUCUCCCCCCGGCCGCCUGGAAACGUUUUUCCGGCCGUGUGGAUUUAUCCACGCCAAGGCGAGGGGUAAUGUGGCGGAACGAUAGAAUUUCCUGAUCGGUGUUGGCUAAGCUAGAGAGCGUUUUUGUUGUUCCUGCCGCCAUUUUAGUUAAUUCUUUUCUUUGGUGCCUCGGUGUGUCCGAGGAUUCCGUAAAACGGUGAUUUUUUUUGCCGAACUAGGGGCAGUGGUUUGUCCCGCCCCCCCACCAAUUGAAACAGGAGUGCGUGUUCGUGUGUCGUUCGUUCGUUUCUACACUUUCUUCAGUGGUGACGGGGGAAGCGUAAGGCGGAUGAUGAACGGUUUUAUAAAUGUAAUACAAGAACAAGGGCCAGGCGCGAGGCGGCAAGACAGCCUCAUCUACUGCUACACCCUUCGAUAGCGAUUGAUUGGCGCGGAGGUUUCCCUGCUAGUGUUGUAGCACGUCCGUUCGUUGGAGGGGCGGUCCAAAGCAAGCCCGUCCCUGGCCGAAGGACCCUCACGUGUGUCAACGUAUGUUACAUUGGGAAUGGCCAGCGCGUGGCCAACGCAUUCCCAAGCACGCCUGUCCCAGGCCAAUGGACUCGGGCGUGUGUCACACACACACAGGCGUUUGGGUGGGAGUGACGAGCCUGUGGCCAAGGUAUUCCCAAGCAAGCCUGCCUGUGUCCUUGACCACAGGACUCUCACAUACGUUUGACAUUGCUGACCGUGUCGGACCGUACAGGUUGCGUAUCGUCGACGGAUUGCCCACUUUUCGAGCUCUAGCGUAACCGUUCUUUGACCUCUAAUGCUU